UCCACCCACAAAACCUACGGGACUCCCCUCCGCCGCCGCCCCAGCCGCUCCUCCCCCCAUCCCUCCCCGCUGCCCGCUCAAGCCCCACCGCCCGCCGGCGCCGACGCCGCGACCCACCCGCUCCGGCAAGAUGAACAAGGAGAGGCUCAUGAAGAUGGCCGGCGCCGUCCGCACCGGCGGCAAGGGCACCGUGCGCCGGAAGAAGAAGGCGGUGCACAAGACGGCGACCACGGACGACAAGCGGCUGCAGAGCACGCUCAAGAGGGUGGGCGUCAACACCAUCCCCGCCAUCGAGGAGGUCAACAUCUUCAAGGACGACCUCGUCAUCCAGUUCCUCAACCCCAAAGUGCAAGCGUCCAUCGCCGCAAACACAUGGGUGGUCAGCGGGACUCCCCAGACCAAGAAGCUACAAGAUGUUCUUCCUUCGAUCAUCAACCAAUUGGGCCCUGACAACAUGGAGCACCUGAAGAGGAUUGCUGAGGAGAUGCAGAAGCAGGUGGCUGCUGCGGGCGCCAUCCAGCCCAAGGAGGAGAACGACGACGAUGUUCCGGAGCUCGUUCCCGGAGAGACCUUUGAGGAGGUAGCCCAGGAGACAAAAGCCUGAUCUUGUAGACUCGGCCCCGCCAAUAGCGAAGCAUUACUUGACCCGAACUGCUACGUGGUCAUGGUUUUCUAUGACGGCUCUGUUUUGCUCCCUCUCCUAGGCCUUCUGUAUUUGCUGCAGUUGGAAACUUUUAGUUUCUCCUACCGAGUUUUUAUCCGAGUUAUGAAUGCUGAGUUGCCAGUGGAUUCCUUUUUAGCUGCUUUUUGAUGAUGAUUGCA